AUGAGGAUAUAUUCGUACGUAUCAUUGCUAUUUAUUUUAAGUUUCAAUCAGCGAAGUGUUUUUUGCCGACAUGUAGUUUAUGAUAACACCAGGGGCACUGAAGAAAAGUAUAAAUUACUUAGAGAUAAGAAGGAUGUACAUAAUCCUAAUGUUUGGCAUCAUAUUACGAGCAAUGAUAGAGAACAAAACAAUCGUGAUCAUAAUCGAAUAAUAUUUCCCGACUACGAGGAAUCUUCGGAUGGGCAUUCCAUAUAUAAGCCCCUGGAUAUGGAAACUUGCGUACUGUCGUGCAAAUUAAACCCAAAUUCUGACCAUGUAUGUGGCACUGACGGUAAGACGUACGACAAUAUGGAUCAUCUACUAUGUGCUGCAAAGUGUGGAGUAGAUGUACGUUUAAGUCACAUAUCCUCAUGUCUUGGAAGGACGGGGCGAAAGCCAACAAUUGAGACUAAUAAUAUAGAUGCAUGUAUGUCCUUGUGUCCAACGACAUCAGAGUAUAAUCCUGUCUGUGGCACUAAUAACAAAACUUACCCAAAUCCGGGAAAACUACAAUGUGCUCAAGAAUGCGGAGUUGAUGUCCAAUUAAAAUACCAUUUCACAUGUCCUAAGACACCGACAACAACAGCGAAUCCUUCAGUUUCUACUGGAUCACCUUUACCUACUACGAAUAGCGAUAUAGGUGUUUGUAUAAAUUCUUGUCCAACGACAUCAGAAUAUAAUCCAGUAUGUGGAUCCGAUGGGAAAACGUAUUAUAAUAUUGGAAAGUUAGAAUGCGCCAAAUAUUGUGGAAUUGACGUCCAAUUAAGAUACCACUUCGCAUGUCGUAAGACUCCGGCGACAAUGGCAAAUGGCGCAGGUUCUACUGGUCCACAUCUGCCAAGUCAAUUGAUACGAAUGCACAACCUAUUA